AUGGGUGAAAUUGGGGAAUAUUGGCGAGACAAUAGGCAGCACAAAAAACGCAAGCGGGAACAAAGAGAAAAUAACCCCCGAGGGCACAAGAAACACAAGCGAGAACAUGGAGCAAAUAACCCCCCAAGACAGCGAUGCUUUGAUUGGAUGGUGACAAGCGGCGUUAACUAUGCGAAAAACCGAUCCUCCUUCAAGGCAUAUCAACAUAUCAACCCAGUGACACUUGAAUCUGGCACUGGUGUGCGCGUUAUCGGGAUGGGAACAGUUGAGCUCAAAGUCCCAAGAUCUCCUGAUAACCAAGAGGUUAAUACACUCGUACUGGACGGCGUUUUACAUAUCCCUGAAGCCAUUUGCAAUGGAUUCAAUCCCCGCGUACUUGGAGGCUCUACAUCGUUUGGAGAACCUCUGCAGAGUUAUGACGAGAAUCGCAGGCCAACUUACUAUGCCACUCAGUUUUGUGGAUUAUGGAGACUCGUUCUUGAUGGAAAUCCCCAGGGGGAAUCUCGGCUAGCCGAAGCUAGAAGAGAUGGCUCGGUGAUGUUAUCUCUGAGCCUAUUUAUCAGUGAGGAGGAUGAGGCCCGUUUAUUCGAGUAG